AUGCCCAACUGCCGUGUGCUCAACUGGGAGUCUCUGGCAAACAUCGACUCCAGCGGCAUAGACAGCAAAGAUUCCGCGCUUGGCCAAAUCUGUGCCUGCUACGAUCUCGGGGGCGGUGUCGGCUUGGGUGACUCGUUCGCCAUACAUUCGAUCGCUGCACUUUCUUCAGGUCGCAAUCUCCAUCAAGACCGCUCCAUACGCGAUGCUGAACUCGCCGAAGCAGCCUCAGCAGUAACAGAGCUGCUACCGGUCUGGAUCGAUCUGGCGGACGUUGCUCCGGGGAGGUUUUCGUCGUUACCGUAUCCGACACAUGACCCCGCCACACCAGGCAAACCACAUCCUUUUGACCACCCGCCAUGGUUCUUGGUCAAUGCGGCAGCUUCUCAAUAUCACUGCAUUCUCGGACAGAAUUGUGUUGUAGAAUCACUGCUUAUGGUACUCCGUCAGCCCUGGUGUGUACUUGAGAUAUGCUGCUGCCCUUCGAAAACAGUGAUCUUGGUCAGCAAAUUUGCCACUAUCGCCGAGAAAAUCUACCCUGGAAGCUACACGAUCGCUAUCAGAUUGCUGUCCCAUGAAAUGGAGACGAGGGCCGCAGAUAGGGCUGGUACUUCAGACUCUGCUAUCAACUGGACUGAUGAUCGCUUGGAUGCUUUGAUGAUAUCCCGUCCAACUCUGGCCUUGGUCAGGUCGCUUUACACUGAUCUGUUCUUCCAUGGUCGCCAAUCCCGGAACCCGUUUUGGCUAUGUCUGAUCGUCGUUUGCGCUGUGUCCUUGGAUAUUGCUUUCUCUGACCUGGCGGCGUAUUUAUUUGACGACGCCAACUAUAGAUCCACCUUAGAAUGUCUUGAAAGAGCCACACCAUUGACACCUCGGCUGCGCAGUACGGAUUCUGUCUCGAAACGCGAACGUGUCGGGAUGAAGGCUUCGGAGAAGACCCCCUUUCGGCACACACGGCCCAGAAGGUCAACAAGUGACAUUUCGCUGCACAAUAGCGCUCGACGCCAGGAAGGACUGAACUGGAAUGGUUCGAAUCGCGGACCUCUAAGUUACCACCGCUUAGUUUUAUUUCACAAAAUGACCCUGAAGAGAAUUGAAGAAAGUUUCGUAUGA